UUUUUUUCCCCUUUUUUCUUCACUCCUCUCUCUCUCUCUCUCUCUCUUUCUCUGUGAAACCCUAAAAGCUCGCCAAUUAUUCAGCUCAGGCGAUAGGCUUCGAAUUGGUAAGCUUAGCCAUAAUGAGGAGGGGAAACUUAAUCCCUAAUCUCAAACUUACUCUCCCUCCCCCCGACGAGGUCUCCUUGGCCAAGUUCCUGACUCAAAGCGGUACGUUUAUGGAUGGCAACCUGCUCGUGAACAGAGACGGGGUUCGAAUUGUCUCUCAGACUGAAGUUGAAGCUCCACCUCCUAUCAAGCCAACAGACAACCAGUUGAGUUUAGCGGACAUAGACACUAUUAAAGUCAUAGGAAAAGGCAAUGGUGGAAUUGUGCAAUUGGUGCAACACAAAUGGACUGGUCAGUUCUUUGCAUUAAAGGUAAUUCAAAUGAAUAUUGAGGAGUCAUAUCGCAGGCAAAUUGCUCAGGAGUUGAAAAUUAAUCAAUCGGCACAAUGUUCAUAUGUCGUUGUCUGUUACCAGUCUUUCUAUGAUAAUGGUGCUAUUUCAAUCAUCUUAGAGUACAUGGAUGGUGGAUCUCUAUUAGAUUUUCUGAAAAAAGUCAAAACGGUUCCAGAGCCAUAUCUUGCUGCUAUCUGUAAGCAGGUGCUGAAGGGUUUGCUGUAUCUUCAUCAUGAAAAACACGUUAUCCACAGGGACUUAAAACCCUCUAAUUUGUUGAUAAAUCAUAUAGGGGAAGUGAAGAUUACUGACUUUGGUGUGAGUGCAAUUUUGGCAAGCACCUCUGGGCAGGCCAAUACGUUUGUUGGCACGUACAACUAUAUGUCUCCAGAGAGAAUUGUUGGAGGCAAAUAUGGCUACAAAAGUGACAUUUGGAGUUUGGGAUUAGUAUUGCUCGAGUGUGCAACAGGUCAAUUCCCAUAUUCACCACCAGAGCAGGGUGAAGGAUGGGGAAGCUUUUAUGAGCUUAUGGAAACUAUCGUUGAGGAACCACCACCUUCUGCACCUUCGGAUCAAUUUUCUCCACAGUUCUGCUCUUUUAUUUCUGCAUGUGUUCAGAAAGAACCAGAAGCUAGACUGUCAGCAAAUCAACUUAUGGCUCAUCCUUUCAUUACCAUGUAUGAAGACUUGGAUGUUGAUCUCUCAUCUUACUUCACCAGUGUAGGAUCUCCACUUGCAACCUUGUAAAACUUAUCUGGAUCAAAAUCCUUAACUUUCAGUGAAGUUACGAUGUUUCCCAUCUGUACAUAUCUGUUGACAAUGGCAAAAGGAGGGCACACAACCAGCUCAUAGUUGCGUCUGGGGACAAAGAAACCAAUGAAAUGAUGCUGUUUUGUAUACAUAUAAGGCAAAAACAGCAUUCAACAUGCAAGUGUUUUCCUGCAAGCCUAAAAGAGCAUAGCCUUAUGUCUUUCAACAAAGCAAAUCAGACUAGCGAAUUAGGGCUAGGGAACUCUUUAGCAGUUGAGAGAAGUCUGCAAGUUGGAUGCGGCCGCCUUGAAUGUGGCAUUAUUCUAAGCACAAUUCAUGUGCUGCUACUACCUCGAGCUUGCCUUCCAUGCAGUGGAACUAAUCAUUGGUUAAAAAUUUUUGGGCUACUGAGUGUUGUGAGAAGGGGCAUUUAAGGAUGCAAAGUAACUUUGAGACUAAGGAAUACCUGUGUGUUAUUGCCAUGAGAGGUUCUUUUAUUUUUUGCAUUAAUAUUUUAUCUGGAUGUGUUAAUAUUCAAUAUCUUGUAAUUUAGAUAUUUAUACAGAUUGUGCGCUUUUGUAAUUUCUGAAACUUAUAAUUUCAAGAGUGAAAGGUUAUACAUGAAGUAAGACCACUUGCCCCUGGUGUUUGGUGAAAUGGUGGGAGUGGAAGUGGACAUCAUGAUGGAGUCUUGGAAAUUAGAAGACAUAUAGAUGGUGAUGGGUAAUGGUUUGAUAAAGGGAUGGAGGAUGAUGUUGGCGAUAUAUGAGUCAUUAAAAAAGGUGGGGCUGGCACCCAUUUGCAACCUAAUGGUUUAAAGACAGGUGAAAACUGGGGUUGAACUCUCUUAUGUUGACAUUUAGCACCACUUUGAGGUGCAUGUUGACUCACUUGCCCUCUGUUUAGCGACUGAAGGGAAAAGAUGGUGACUACCCCAUAAGCUGAUAGUUUUUGUUGUUAAAAUUAAAGAUAAGGUUUGAUUUGAAACCACCUCCAUUUUAUGGGGGGAUUAUGUAACUUUACCAAUUUUGCAUUAAACCUUAAAGAAAGCUUAUAUGGCGAUUGGAACUUGGGGUUACAAAAUCCCAAAACCAAGCUUUACUUAAAAUUGUGAACUAAACUAUAACCUGUACAAGUAUUCAAUGGUACUGAUGAUUGAAUUUAUCAACAAUGGUCAAGAUUUUAAGAAUUAUGGCUGACUGCAUUGGAUGUGAAAAACUUCCAUGAAUUACAUAGAUAAUCUUUUAGUUCCCAAGUUUGACGAUGCUCCAAGAUGUGUGGCUCCCUAUUUAGUGGAUCCUUCGCCCCCCAAAAAAAGAGAUGUUUGAAAAACUAACAUAAACUAUUCUGCUUUUAGCUCUAGCUUACCCGGGAUGUAGUUCUCUUAUUUGUUUAUUUAUAUAUGAAUCUGAGUUGACAUGUAAUAUGUGACUAACAUUUAUAUUUCUUUACUUU